AUGACGAAACCUCUCAGCAAUGAUGAAUUCUUCACCCAACUCACCUCCCUCUUCCAAAGCACAACCCACGGCUCCGUAUACCUAACACAAAAACGCAUGCCCACGCCCCAAUCCGCCCCGUCACCGACAGCCGAAGUGCCAUUCCCAGACCUCGCGCCCAGCGCACCCACAUCCAUCUUAAUCCGCGCGACGAACGGGGAGAACGCGAAGGGACGGAAGGAAGGGAAGAAAGUGAAGCUGUCGACGGUGGUGGAGAGUGAGGCGAUAGAAGGCUUCUAUGCGCGGUAUGCGGAGGUGUGUAAGGGGGGGAUGGUGGGGGGACUGAAGAAGAGGGAUCGGAGCAAGGCGAAGGAGAAGUUGAAGGCUAAGAAGAGGAAAAUGGGUGGGGAGGUUAAGGUUGAGGGGAAAGCGUGA